AUGAAGAAAUAGGAUUAUAGAAUUAUACUCAAAUACUCUCAAUUAACACUAAAUGCUCUCACAUUCCCUUACUAUCAUGUAAAUAAGGGUUGUCAAUUUAAUUAUUUUGAAUUGGAUUAAUUAAUAUAAACUGAAUUAUAGAAAGAUGAAUCAAAAUAAGUUUAAUGUCCUGUCUGUCAUGUAAAGGGUUAACUUAAAAUAGAUAAUGAGUAUUUUUAUGAUGAUAUUGAGAAAUUAUAAAAUUAAUUUGUUAUUAACAUGAAAGAUCAAAAGAUAUUUAAGACAUAGAAAUUAAGUUAUUUUGAUUCUAUAUUUAGUAAGAAUUAAGAAAUAUUUGAAAUGCAAUAAAAAUUUAAUAGUAAAUUAGUUAAUAAUGAUGAUAUUUAGAAUGAGUUAAAUUUGUAAUAUUUAGAAAAUUUGAAUGUUUAAGUAAUAUAUAUUUCUAUAUUAGAGAAAUAAGGAAAUAUUUCAGAUAUUUCGUAAAUGUAGUUAGAAAAUAUAACCUACUUUGAUAGGAGUAAUAAAUUUUAAAUUAAUUCUAUUUUAUCAUGGAUUAACAAUAAAGAUAGAAUUAGAGAUAUGUGAUAAUACAAAUAAAAAUAAUUUAAUUAAAUUUAGUGAUUUAAAAUCUGUACAAAUGAAUGUAAGUUAAGUCUGUUUAAUUGAUAAUAUUAUUUAUUUAGUUGUUUAAUAUGAUAAAUUGAAUUAAUUAUAUAGAGGAGAUUUUGAUCAAAUUAUUGAAGAUAAUAAGAAUGAACCAAUAUUUUAUGUUACUAUAAUGCCGAAUUAUACAUUAUUGGGAGAAUCAAGAUUAUUAUAAUUUAAAAAUUGUACAUUAAUGAUUGGAAGUAUUUAUUAAUUAUUAUUAUUUAUAUUAGAUGUAGGUUCAAUAAUUUUGAAUAAUUAAAAUAAUCAGAAUGUUGUUAUGGAUGAAAAAAUAAGAAUUCCAUAAUUAAAUGAAAAUUCUUAGUUUGCUGUUAUUAAUGAUAUGUCAAUGAUAUUAGUGGGUAACAAUAUAUAAGAGAAAGGUGUUGGAUUUGUUAACGAAUUGUAUUUUUCAGAAUCAAAAAUAACAGAAAUUUAAUAGAAUAUUGUAAAAUAUCCAAAUUCUUAAUUUGAUUUUUCUUUCUAUCAUAAUAAUUCUUUUUAUUUGUUAUCUAGUGAUAAACUUAAUUAUCAAAAUGUAUAAGUCACAUAAAUUGCUAAAAUAAGAGAUAAGAAUACAUUUACAAUAACUAUGAACAUUAUAAAUCAUCAUAGUUAUUUGAAAGUUAAAAUAAUACCUACUACUAAAUAAAAAGUUGGAAAUGUGAUAUGUGCCUUGGUUGGAUUGGUGUUCGAAUAAAGUUAAACAAUAUUUCCUGGUGUAUUGGUGUUUAAUGAUAAAGAUAAUAUAAUUGAGAUUGAGCUUAUAUGA